GACGGACCCGCGAGGCACAGCAAAAGCCGCCGCACACGCACACACACAUACACACAAACACACGCGCACACACAGACGCGUGCGCGCGCGCUCACGCACACUCAUGCGGUUCCCGUAUGACAAGCGCACGGCUGGACCGAGCGGAUUUUUUACCUCCGAGCGGUGAGCAAGAGCAACUGGUACCGAAGCGGAAGCCUCGCAGCAACAACAACAACAACAACAAAGACGACCUGGGUCAAGUUCGCCGGCUUUGACGUGCACCAGCAAAGUUUUCCAUCCAACUCCAGCACCACGACGCCCACGACGGAGCAGUGACUCCCGCCUCCCGGCGCGAUCAGGCGGCAUCAUUUCCCGAGCGAGCGUCGUUCCUCAGGCGCUUCCAAAGUGUUCCUGCGACGCUUCCUGCGCAAGCGGCGACUGUGGGCCCGGGUCAUGGGCCGCUACGGCGGUACGGCGUCCUCCGAGGAGGCGCGCGCCAAGCCGGCCAACGGCUACGGCAAAGCGCGUACGUGUCCGCGGUGGGCGAGCCGCUUUGUGAAGAAGGACGGCCACUGCAACGUUCGCUACGUCAACGUCAGCGAGAAGGGUCUGCGCUACCUGGCCGACAUCUUCACCACGUGCGUGGACGUGCGCUGGCGCUGGAUGCUGCUCAUCUUCUGCUCGGCCUUCCUGCUCUCGUGGCUCUUCUUCGGCUGCGUCUUCUGGCUCCUGGCCAUCUUCCACGGCGACCUGGAGGUCCACGCCGGUCACAAGUGCGUCUCCAACGUCAGCACCUUCACGGCCGCCUUCCUGUUCUCGGUGGAGACGCAGACCACGAUCGGCUACGGCUACCGCUACGUGACGGACGAGUGCCCGGCCGCCGUCUUUGCCGUGGUCUUCCAGAGCAUCGUGGGCUGCGUCAUCGACGCCUUCGUCAUCGGCGCCAUCAUGGCCAAGAUGGCCAAACCCAAGAAGAGGAACGAGACGCUGGUGUUCAGCCACAACGCCGCGGUGGCCAUGAGGGACAACAAGCUGUGCCUGAUGUGGCGGGUGGGCAACCUGCGACGGAGUCACCUGGUGGAGGCACACGUGCGGGCGCAGCUCCUGCGCUCCCGCACCACCGCCGAGGGCGAGUACAUCCCCCUGGACCAGACGGACAUCGACGUGGGCUUCGACAGCGGCGUGGACCGCAUCUUCCUGAUCUCGCCCAUCACCGUGGUGCACGUGAUCGACGAGGACAGUCCCUUCUACGGCGUGGCCAAGCAGGACCUGCGCGCCUGCGACUUUGAGGUGGUGGUGAUUCUGGAGGGCAUGGUGGAGGCCACCGCCAUGACCACGCAGUGCCGCAGCUCCUAUCUGGCCAGCGAGAUCCUGUGGGGGCAUCGCUUCGAACCCGUGCUCUUCGAGGAGAACAACUACUACAAAGUGGACUACUCGCGCUUCCACGCCACUUAUGAGGUGCCCGGCACGCCGCAGUGCAGCGCCCGCGAGUUGGCGGAGAACAAGUACAUCAUGUCCGCCUCGGGAUCCUUCUGCUACGAGAACGAGAUGGCCAUGGACGCUCGGGAGGACACGGACGAGGGCAACGGCGGCAGCGUGGGACCCGACGCGGUGCAAGACGCCGAGCACGAUCACAAUCGGACCGCCGAUGCGUCGCUCAGGCGAGAGUCGGAGAUAUGAAGCGCGCCAACGCCGGCUGGCGGCCGGGGCCCCUUUCGGGAGGCCAGUUCCGUUCCGGUUGGCGGGACGCUAAGGGACGAUUCCGCCACGGUGCCGGUUUCCCCGCACGUGUGACGAUUCAAGGGGGCGCGUCUAGUGACGGUACAAGCGGUCACGCCAUUGGCCGGCUGGUGUCGGGCCUCGGCCGACCUUUUUUUUUUUUGUACAAUGUGCUGCUGCUGCACCACUUUUUCACCUUGGCCUCCUCCUCAUUCUUCCGUCUCCUUCUUAUUUCUCUCCUCUCCUGUUCCGCCUGCUCUUCUAUUUCCUCUUUCCCUCCUUAUUCUUCUUCCUGUCCGCCAUCUUCUCCGCUUUUCCUCCUUCACUUAAUCCUCAGCCCACUUUUCUCCUCGUGCUCCUUCCUCCGCCAUGUCGUCGUCCUCCUCCUUUUUCAACGCUCGAUGCCGGCGUGCCAAAGACUUUUUAGGAAUGACGACUCGGACUGAUAUUCAUCAACGAGCAAUCGAAUCAAUGCGUUUCGUUCUUUUGUUUUGCGAACGGUACAAAAAACACUUCGGCUUUUCGUGUCUUUCCUUCUUUGUCUUCACUCCCAACGAGGCAAACAAACAAGAAAAUUUGACUUGUCGCGUGGAAAUGUGUUCGCAGUCUUCCAAACUUUCACUUUUCUACCAGAAAUAAUAGCAAAUGACUAUUUUUGUUGUUGUUGUUGUUGUGAUGAUUAUUUGUGUCUCGUUACAUCUUGCUUUCUUUUUCAAUAAAAAAAAAACUGAAUAAU